AUGUCCGAAGGAACCUGGGAGAAAUUGUCCCAGGUCGCUGUCAAGGGUGCCGAACAUGACUCUCGUGAACGCCGGCCCCAUCCCAAAUGUUUGAAAGGGACCCGCGUAGCCGUUCUCACUCACAUCUACGAAUUAUUGGACACGAAAGAGAAGAAUCAACUCAUUUGGCUGCAUGGCACCGCAGGCCUCGGAAAGUCUGCUGUUGCGUUCACUGUAGCUGAAAGGACGAAAAUAAAAACGCGAUUUGCGGGAACAUUCUUUUUCUCGCGCAAGCACACGAAGCGCAGGACGACUAGGGUCACAAACGCAGUAAGCCUCCGUGCAGAUGCUAACCUAUGUCUUUGUUGA